CUUGUGUUUUGUCUGAAUUAAACAACUUGGGAUAACCAGAGAAUGAACAAGAGCAUCAAUGUCUGCAGCAAAGUGUUGAACACACUAAGACUAAAGAACCCAAAGCUUCUAUUUCUUGAAUCUUGCAACAAUUUAUCCCAGUUGAAGAUCAUCCAUGGCUACAUGAUAAGAACCCACAUCAUAUUCGACAUCUUCGCCGUCAGUCGUUUGAUUUGCCUUUGUACAGACCCUUCCUCUGGAACAUUUUCAUUAGAUUACGCUCACGAUGUUUUUUCCCAGAUCGAAACCCCGAAUCUCUUCAUUUACAACGCUCUGAUCAAAGGGUUUUCGAGUGAAGACCCGAUUAAGUCUUUCCGUUUCUAUUCCGAAUUGUUACGCGCCGACAUCGUACCCGAUAAUCUCAGCUUCCCGUUUUUGGUAAGGGCGUGUUCCCAGUUGGAAGCCAUUGAUAUGGGGAUUCAAGCUCAUGGGCAAGUUAUAAAACAUGGAUUUGAAAACGAUGUUUAUGUGCAGAACAAUUUAGUUCAUAUGUAUUCAACUUGUGGGGAUGUUAAGGCUGCAAAUGAAGUGUUUCAACGGAUGGUUUGUCCGAAUGUGGUUUCAUGGACUUCCAUGAUUGCUGGGUUAUUUAAAAUUGGUGAUGUCGUAAUGGCCCGUGAAUUGUUCGACAAAAUGCCUGAGAGGAACUUGGUUACUUGGAGUACGAUGAUUAGUGGGUGUGCUAAGAACAAUUGCUUUGAUGAAGCUGUUGAAUUGUUCCAUGUUCUGAAGGAAAAAGGGGUUAAAGCUAAUGAGACGGUUAUGGUUAGUGUGAUUUCUUCUUAUGCUCAUUUGGGUGCUAUUGGAUUAGGUGAAAAAGCUCAUGAUUAUAUCGUUAAGAACAAUUUGAGUUUGAAUGUGAUUCUCGGGACUGCUUUGGUGGAUAUGUAUGCAAGAUGUGGGUGUAUUGAGAAAGCUAUUAAAGUUUUCAAUGAAAUGCCUGAAAAAGAUGUUCUUAGUUGGACGGCUGUUAUUGCUGGUUUGGCAAUGCAUGGAUAUGCAGAGAGGGCACUUUGGUUCUUCUGGGAAAUGGUGAAAUCUGGGUUAAAACCCAGAGAUAUUACGUUUACAUAUUUGUUAUCAGCUUGCAGCCAUGGUGGAUUAGUAGAGAAAGGUCUUGAGUUGUUUGAGAGCAUGAAAAGAGAGUACGGAAUCGAGCCGAGGUUGGAACAUUAUGGUUGCAUUGUGGAUUUGCUAGGGCGAGCAGGGAAGUUAGCUGAAGCUGAGAAGUUUGUUCUUCGAAUGCCAGUAAAACCGAAUGCCCCGAUUUGGGGUGCGCUUCUUGGAGCUUGCAGGAUUCAUAAGAAUGCAGAAAUUGCAGAAAGAGUAGGGAACGUAUUGAUCCCUUUGUUGCCAGAACACAGUGGGUAUUAUGUGUUGCUUUCGAACAUUUAUGCACGUACAAACAGGUGGGAAAAUGUUGAAGCCACAAGACAGAUGAUGAAGGAAAAGGGUGUUAAAAAGCAGCCAGGUUAUAGUUUGAUCGAGGUCGAUGGGAAAGUUCAUAAAUUUACUAUGGGAGAAAAGUCGCAUGCAGAAACCGAAAUGAUUGAACGAACUUGGGACGAGAUUCUUCAGAGGAUAAGAUUGGCAGGUUAUACAGGGAAUACAUCUGACGCAUUCUUUGACAUUGAUGAGGAAGAAAAAGAAAGUGCUAUUCAUAGACAUAGUGAGAAGCUUGCUAUUGCUUAUGGGAUUAUGAGAACCAAGGCUCCAACGGUGAUCCGAAUAGUGAAGAACUUGAGAGUGUGCGAGGAUUGUCACCAUGCUACCAAGCUGAUUUCAAAGGUUUUCGGACGUCAGUUGAUCGUGAGAGACCGGAACCGGUUCCAUCAUUUUAGAGAAGGUUCAUGUUCUUGUAUGGAUUAUUGGUGAGAAAUGAGACCUUACAAUUACGGAUGACAAGAUAACUCGUGUAUGGUUCGAAUCCAAGGGGAGGGCGGGUUUGAUUUUUUUUUUGUCAAAAUU